AUGGAAUCAGAAAACAAGACUGGUGUAGCAGAAUUCCUUCUCUUGGGCUUCUCAGAAGAUGCGGAACUGCAGCCUGUCCUCUUUGGACUUUUCCUGACCGUGUAUCUGGUCACCAUCCUGGGGAACCUGCUCAUCAUCCUGGCCGUCAGCUGUGACCCCCACCUGCACACCCCCAUGUACUUCUUCCUUUCCAGCCUGUCCUUGGCUGACAUUGGUUUCAGCUCCACCACGGUCCUCAAGAUGCUGCUGAACAUCCAGGCACAGAGCAAAUCCAUCAGCUACAGCGGCUGCCUCACCCAGGUUGGUUUCGUCUUGUUUUUUGCAGGCGUGGAAAACUUUCUCCUUGCAGCAAUGGCCUAUGACCGCUGUGUGGCCAUCUGCCAUCCUCUGAGAUAUGCUGUCAUCAUGAGGCCCGGCUUCUGUAGCCAGCUGGUCCUACUCUCCCUGACCAUCAGUGUAGGGGAUGCCCUCCUGCACAGUCUGAUGGUGCUGCAACUGUCCUUCUGCAGGGACCUGGAAAUCCCCCAGUUUUUCUGUGAUCUUGCGCAGGUCAUUAAGCUGGCCUGCUCUGAUACUCUCAUCAAUACCAUCUUGAUGUAUGUAGUCACCAGCCUAUUAGGGGGUGUUCCCCUCCUUGGGAUUAUCUUCUCUUACAUCCAGAUUGUGUCCUGUGUUCUGAGAAUACCAUCAGCUGGGGGAAAAUAUAAAGCCUUUUCCACCUGUGGGUGUCACCUCUCAGUUGUUGCCUUGUUCUACGGGACAGCAUUCGGAGUGUACAUUAGCUCUGCAUUGACUCACUCUUCCACAGACUUUGCAAUAGCCUCCAUGAUGUACACUGUGGUCCCACCAAUGCUGAACCCCUUCAUCUACAGCCUGAGGAAUAGGGACAUGAGGGGGGCCUUGAGGAAACUCCUGUGA